AUGGUGGGCGACACUUCUCCUUCGACAACAGAAGGCUUUUUGCAGUAUCAUGAGCCAAACAUCAUCCAGAUCCUCGUCCUCGUUUCGUUCUUCUUCUGGCUAUCUUUUGGCGAAUGGCUUUCCAACCGGGUAUUCCGCGCCGGUCUCAUAGGACAAAUCAUAGUCGGUCUAAUCUACGGACUCCCUAUAGGUGGCGACAUCAUACCCGUUGCGUGGCAGGAAGCCUUCAUUGCUCUCGGAUACAUUGGCCUUGUUCUCAUCAUCUUCGAAGGCGCUCUGGCCGUCCGAUUGGAUCUAUUGAAAGCGAACUUUGGCCUCUCUGCUAUAGCUGCGACGAUAGGCGUCCUCGCUCCAAUUGGACUUACGUAUCUGUUGCUAUAUGUUGGGUUUGGAUAUGGCGCAAUCGAAACCUUCAUCGUGGGUGCCGCGCUCUCGGUUACUUCUUUGGGGACGACGUUUGUGGUGCUGGGGAAGAGCUCAAAGGAGAUCAGCUUCGCGGAUACCCGAGUGGGUACUGUUCUGGUUAGUGCAGCUGUAUUCGACGAUGUCUCUGGAUUGGUCAUGGCCAGCGUGAUCGGUCAACUGGGAGCCCUUGAAGGAGAAAAUUCUCCCAAUUUAGGCUGGCUCAUCGGACGCCCCACAUUGGUAUCCGGACUCCUGGCAAUCCUUACUCCGGUCUUGAACAAAUGGAUCAUCGCUCCUCUAUAUCGAAACCUUGUCGAGCCACGUCUCCCCAAGACACGCAAGCGGCAUGUAGUAAAUGUCGUUGUUAUGAUUUUCGUACUAUGUGCUUUCCUCAGCAUCACAGGCUUCGGUGGGACCUCAGUCCUCUACGGAUCCUUCAUGGCUGGCGCGUUCCUUACUUACCUCCCAUCUAAGCACCCAACCGGCCCUUUUCACCCUCCAUCCCGCGAAGACGCAGAAGACGCAGAAGCGCGCUCUAUUGCCGAAGCCACCAAAUAUGACGAUGCAGGCGAACCCGCCAUAUGUCCUACGUUCAUGCACACAUUCGAAAAGUACUUCCUCGACGCCGUGAAGUACCUAUUGCAGCCACUCUUCUUCGCCUCCAUUGGUUUCGCCAUCCCUAUCGUCGAUCUCUGGACCGCCGAGGCCUUCUGGAAAGGCUUUGUCUACACACUGCUUAUGUUAAUUUCGAAGGUCGUUGUUGGUCUCGUCAUACCGUUUGCUACCAUUCUGUGCAGGCCACCUGGCAUGUCGAUCCGCGAAUGUUUCACAACCACUUUCUGGCCAGCCAUGCUCCUUGGAUCUGCCAUGGUAGCGCGUGGCGAGAUCGGUCUACUCGUCGUACAGAUCGGCUUUAAUAACACGCCCUAUCUAUCCAAGGAAGCUUUCAUCACCGCUGUUUGGGCUAUCGUUCUUAACACGAUUUUCGGGCCUGUGACCGUGGGCCUGAUAAUCAAGUACAAGGCUAGGGCAAUCGCAGAUGGUAUGUGGGGUCUAGAGAAAACGAAGCAGAGUGGAGAUGGAUGGGAUGAUGGAGUUUCCAGGGCGAAUACGAUCAUUCCAGACACGAUGAGCGUUAAGGAAAGGACUAAGAGUGUCGCGGUGUCGCAGCAUAGUAGGAUGGUUUCUGAUCCGGUGACCAUAGCUAUCUCGCCUUGA